AUGUUGGAAAGAAAUGAGUCAGACAGGAUAUACGACAUGGUAACCCAUGGAAAUGAGAUGACUCUCGAAGAUCUGAAGCAGUUCAUAGAGAUUGUGUUUCUUGAUGUGAGUUCCCAGCAAGUAUCCCAGCUGACGCAGUCCCUUGGAAACAUCGUGACAAGAGACGACUUCAACUCCAUUCUUGACUCCCUGGUGCUUAAAAGGACAGGAAAUCUGGAUGUCUUCAACUCCUGGGACAGAGACCAGAAGGGACACAUAGAUAAGAAUGAUGUGGAGGCAAUCCUCAAGAGCUACGGGCUUUCCUUCAAGGAAAGCUACAUAGAUGCGAUGCUGGGCAUCUUUAAAGAUAAAAAAAUGAGGUUCGAUGACCUCAACAGCCUUUGCAAAGAAAAGUAG